AUGGCACCUACAGCAACAGGACCGACCGCUGGGUCGAGCAACGCGUCGACAUCCACGCCCGCCGCAGCAACCACUUCUACGCUGCCUACGAGCCUGGAAGAAGCCAACCAACGCUAUACAUCCACGAAGCUGGCGCUGCGCACGGGUCUGGCCAACAAGCGACUGAUCGACCGAUCGCUCAUCGACCUCGAGUCGCAGAUCUACCUGUUCGAGGGCUCGUACCUUCAAUCCACGUCUACAUCGGGCGGGAACAUUGUGAAAGGGUUCGAAUCGUACCUCAAAAAUGCAUCCACCAGCACGGGACGGGGCAGCCAAGCUGCUGCUGACAUCCCGCUGGAAGACCGCAUCUUUUCGCUCUCCUCGGCGACGUAUGCCAAGAGCCUGGAGCUGAAAGCGAACGAGGCGUUUGAAGACGAAGAAGCGCCCAAGAAGCUCGAAGAACCCGCGGCUGUCAAGAAGAAGAAGGACAAGGAGAAGGAUGCGACGCCUGCCAAGAAGGACAAGAAGAAGGACAAGGACGAGAGGGGCAAGGAUAAGGAGAGGAGCGCUACGCCCAGUUUGAAGGCCAAGAGCGAUGCGGCAGUGGUGACGCCUACAAAGACGACGGGUGGAAAGGCGCCGGCGACAGGACCCAAGCUGAAGCGCAAGAACGCCGACGGCGCCAGCACACCCGCUGCCACACCAGGCGGAAAGACGGCCACCAAACGCAAGAAGGAAGACGACUAA